GGGACUAGAAGAAAUAAGUCUCUCCUCCCUAACAAGCUUUUUUUUUUUUUUUUUACUUUCAGCUAUUCUUCUACACAGCCGACUAGUUAUGAUCAGAGCAGUUACUCCCAGCAAAACACCUAUGGGCAGCCGAGCAGCUAUGGACAACAGAGUAGCUAUGGUCAACAAAGCAGCUAUGGGCAGCAGCCACCCACUAGUUACCCCCCCCAAACUGGAUCCUACAGCCAGGCUCCAAGUCAAUAUAGCCAACAGAGCAGCAGCUACGGGCAGCAGAGUUCAUUCCGACAGGACCACCCCAGUAGCAUGGGUGUUUAUGGGCAGGAGUCUGGAGGAUUUUCCGGACCAGGAGAGAACCGGAGCAUGAGUGGCCCUGAUAACCGGGGCAGGGGAAGAGGGGGAUUUGAUCGUGGAGGCAUGAGCAGAGGUGGGCGGGGAGGAGGACGCGGUGGAAUGGGCAGCGCUGGAGAGCGAGGUGGCUUCAAUAAGCCUGGUGGACCCAUGGACGAAGGACCAGAUCUUGAUUUAGGCCCACCUGUAGAUCCAGAUGAAGACUGUGACAACAGUGCAAUUUAUGUGCAAGGAUUAAGUGACAAUGUGACUCUAGAUGAUCUGGCAGACUUCUUUAAGCAGUGUGGAGUUGUCAAGAUAAACAAGAGGACUGGACAACCCAUGAUCCAUAUCUAUUUGGACAAGGAAACAGGAAAGCCCAAAGGCGAUGCUACUGUAUCCUAUGAAGACCCGCCAACUGCCAAAACUGCCGUCGAGUGGUUUGAUGGGAAAGAUUUUCAAGGGAGCAAACUUAAAGUUUCUCUUGCUCGGAAGAAGCCUCCAAUGAACAGCAUGCGGGGAGGAAUGCCCCCCCGUGAGGGCAGAGGGAUGCCGCCGCCGCUCCGAGGAGGUCCAGGAGGCCCAGGAGGUCCUGGAGGACCCAUGGGUCGCAUGGGAGGCCGUGGAGGAGACAGAGGAGGCUUCCCACCAAGAGGGCCCCGCGGUUCCCGAGGGAACCCGUCUGGAGGAGGGAACCCAUCUGGAGGAGGAAACGUCCAGCACCGAGCUGGAGACUGGCAGUGCCCCAGUCUGGGAUGUGGAAAGAACUUUGCGUGGAGAACAGAGUGCAACCAGUGUAAGGCCCCAAAGCCUGAAGGCUUCCUCCCACCACCUUUCCCACCCCCGGGUGGUGACCGUGGCAGAGGUGGCCCUGGUGGCAUGCGGGGAGGAAGAGGUGGCCUCAUGGAUCGAGGUGGUCCUGGUGGAAUGUUCAGAGGUGGCCGUGGUGGAGACAGAGGUGGCUUCCGUGGCACCCGGGGCAUGGACCGCGGUGGCUUUGGUGGAGGAAGACGAGGUGGCCCUGGGGGACCCCCUGGACCUUUGAUGGAACAGAUGGGAGGAAGAAGAGGCGGGCGUGGAGGACCUGGAAAAAUGGAUAAAGGCGAGCAUCGUCAGGAACGCAGAGACCGGCCCUACUAGACGCAGAGACCCCGCAGAGCUGCAUUGACUACCAGAUUUAUUUUUUAAACCAGAAAAUGUUUUAAAUUUAUAAUUCCAUAUUUAUAAUGUUGGCCACAACAUUAUGAUUAUUCCUGUCUGUACUUUAGUAUUUUUCACCAUUUGUGAAGAAACAUUAAAACAAGUUAAAUGGUAGUGUGCCGAGUUUUUUUUUUUCCCUUCUUUUAAAGAUGGUUGUUUAACUAAGACUAAACAAUGGGAAUCCCUUGUGAGCAUGCUCAGUAUCAUUGUGGAGAACCAAGAGGGCCUCUCUAACUAAAACUGUAACAAUGUUCAUGGUUGUGAUGUUUUUUUUUUUAAAUAAAAUUCCAAAUGUUUAUAAACCGUCA